UAGUCGCUUACUAACCUGUAUACAGUAAAUACGUGCGAUUUUGAUUAGAUUUAAAAAUCAUUUUUUUUCUAGUAUAAGUAAUGAGGACAGUGUAACAAUGGGUUAUUUAGCUAAAUUAUAUAUUUUCGUUUGUUUAUUUAUUGCUAUAAAUUGUUAUGAAGUGCCACCCGCUAAACUAGAAGCGAUUUAUCCUAAAGGAUUACGUGUUUCUGUCCCAGAUGAUGGAUUCAGUCUUUUCGCUUUCCAUGGCAAACUCAACGAGGAGAUGGAAGGUCUUGAAGCGGGGCAAUGGUCUCGUGAUAUAACGAAAGCGAAGAACGGAAGAUGGACGUUCAGAGACAGAGAUACAGCUCUGAAAAUUGGCGAUAAAGUAUAUUUCUGGACAUACGUUAUUAAGAAUGGUCUGGGAUAUAGACAAGAUAAUGGUGAAUGGACCGUUACAGGUUUCGUGGAUGAAGAAGGUAUUCCUGUAAACGAUAAUGGUACACCAAUAGAUGUCACAACACCAAGUCCUGUACCCACUGAUACUAGCAACACAAUCCCCACUGUACAUCCAAUGCCACCAACCAUGCCAACUUGCGAAUUGUCUCCAACAAAGGUGUCGAUGCCAGGAUUCGUUUGUCAAGGUCAAUUACUUUUCGAAGACAACUUUAACGCCAAAAUUGAAAUAGGACAAGUAUGGAAACAUGAAAUUAGAUUUCCAGGAGAACCUGACUACCCAUUUAACGUUUACAUGGCAGAAGAUAAUGUGCGUGUGAACAAUGGACAUCUUUUAAUAUCACCGGUCACAUUGGAAUCUAAAUAUGGUGAAGAUUAUGUCAGGCAAACACUGGAUCUUACAGCCAGGUGCACAGGAGUUCUAGGGUCGAAUGAUUGUCAACGUACAGCAUCUGGUCCUCACAUCCUGCCGCCUGUCAUCACAGCAAAAAUAACGACUAAGAGUAGAUUUAACUUUAAAUACGGCAAAAUAGAAGUGCGCGCAAGAAUGCCGUUCGGACAUUGGUUGAUACCAGAGAUACAACUAGAGCCUCGUGACAAAGUCUAUGGAGUUACCAACUACGCAUCUGGGUUAUUACGAAUUGCCACAACUAAGGGUAAUCUUGAAUCAUCCAAGAUAUUGUACGGUGGUCCCAUAAUGAGUGAAUCAGAUCCAUAUAGGUCUGCAUAUCUGAAACAGAAGAUUAGUAAUGACUACUGGGCAAGGGACUUCCAUAACUAUACUAUGAUAUGGAGACCAGAUGGAAUUACUCUUCUUGUGGACGGAGAACAAUACGGAGAAGUGACGCCAGGGGAGGGAUUUUUUGCAGAGGGAAAUAAUAACGUGACAGCGGCGCCGCAGUGGAGGAAGGGUACUGUAAUGGCACCGUUUGAUGAACUGUUCUACAUCUCGCUGGGUCUUAGUGUUGGAGGUAUACAUGAGUUUCCAGACGCUCUUAACAAACCUUGGACCAACGGAUCCCCGAAAGCAAUGCUCAAGUUUUGGAACUGCCGUGACCAAUGGCUGCAUACGUGGAACUCCGAAUUUAAUACUCUUAAAGUAGACUAUGUUAGAGUGUUCGCGCUUUAAAAGAUUUAUCAGAGACCUGAGUUUUCGCGUCACUACUAAAUAAAUUGAAAGAUUAGUCAAAGAAAAAUUAAUUAAAUGUUUAUAAAUAAAAA